AAUGUGGGCGCUUUUAUUGUACUGAGAGCUUGAUCGACUGUUGAAAUAGGAAAUUCAUACACAAGCAGUAACAGUAGUUGAUUAGUUAGUCAAGUGAAGUGAGAAGUAGGAGAACAUCUGGCUGAAUUGACAUUCAGCGGAUAAAAUGAAGUUCCUAUUCUAUGUGUGUACACUUUUAGUCGUAUGUCUACUUUCAGAAAUAUCAGGAGAGAAAGUCUCGAAACAUAGACACACACACAAAAAGGUGAUAUCGAGCGAAUCGCAAGAAGAAAGAAAAGAAGAAGAUGCACCCGUAGCACCACCAUCUGAUUCAGACGUUAUUGAUAAUAGAGUUCCUGUAGUAGACCCAUGUAUGCAAGUACGUUGCGGAGCCGGAAGGGUUUGUCAAGUUGACGAAUUGGGUGAACCUCAAUGUGUUUGUAUUCCAAAAUGUCCGGUAGAAACUGAAUCUAGACGCAAAGUAUGCUCCAAUCACAACGAAACUUGGUCGUCAGAUUGUGCUAUAUAUCAACAAAGAUGUCUGUGCGAUAAAGGAGACCCUCAAUGUAAAGGGCCUCAAUACAAACACGUACACAUUGAAUAUUACGGACAAUGUAGAGAAAUGCCACAUUGUUCGCAAGAAGAAAUGGCUGAUUUUCCACGACGAAUGCGCGAUUGGUUGUUCAACAUCAUGAGAGAUUUGGCCGACAGACAAGAAUUGACUCCCCAUUAUUUGAAUAUGGAACGUGAAGCUGAAUCUAAUAUGACUCGCCGUUGGACGAACGCCGCCAUUUGGAAGUUCUGCGAUUUAGACGGACAUCCACCAGACAGAUCUGUUUCUCGUCAUGAACUAUUCCCCAUUCGAGCCCCAUUGAUGGCUCUCGAACAUUGCAUUAGUCCGUUUUUGAAUUCGUGCGAUGCCGAUAACAAUCACCGUAUUACUCUUAAGGAAUGGGCAAAAUGUCUUCAAUUAGAAGAGGAGGAAAUUGAACAUCAAUGUGAAGAAAUAGCCGAAGCUGAAGAUAACCUAGAAUUACAAUAAAUACAACGAAAAUUGUAAAUAAGCCUAAAGUGCUGUAGAAUUCGUGCUAAAAAUGUGCCAUAUUAUUUUUGGAACUUAACAUUUUUAAUGUAGCUUAAGUUUUUAUUUGUAAAUUUGAAUAAACGUAUUAAUUUGC